AUGUCCGGCAUCGCUCGCGGCCGCCUCCAGGAGGAGCGAAAGCUCUGGCGGAGAGACCACCCGCACGGAUUUGUGGCAAAGCCUCGCACGAAUCCCGACGGGACGCAGGACAUCCUGCACUGGGACUGCGUCGUGCCCGGCAAGAAGGACACCAUCUGGGGCGCGGGCCGCUACCCUGUGCACAUGGUCUUCACCGACGAGUACCCGAGCAAGCCGCCCGAGUGCAAGUUUGGCAAGGCGCCCAACGACAAGCCGCUCUUCCACCCCAACGUCUACCCCUCCGGCAAGAUCUGCCUCUCGCUGCUCGACGCCGACAAGGCCUCGCCGCCGCCGCCGCCCCUCCUAUACCUGCCGCCUCUCCCCUCCCAGCCGCCUCGCUCUUCCCCCUCACGCCUCUCUCCUCUUUUGCCGCCCACUGCUUCACAGCCCCUCCCCACGUCGCCGCUCCCCUCGCCGACCAGGGAUGGAAGCCGGCGCUCACCAUCAAACAGCAUCCAGACGCUGCUCGACGACCCGAACGUGGGCGACCCGGCGCAGGAGGAGCCGUACCGCGUGUACAACAACAACCGCGCCGAGUACGAGAGGAGGGUCAAGGAGCAGGCCCGCCUCUUUGCAAACAUGUAG